AUCAGAAGAGUAGGAGGGCAGAGUAGGCUUUACAAGCUCGUCACCGGGGGCUUUUAAUUUGGUAGUAAGCCAAAGUGAGGCAAUGUUGUGAGCAGAUAGGGAACGUGGAAGCUUGCCGCAACCUAAACUGGAAGUGGGGGGAGUAGGAAAAGUGAUCGAUCAGGAAAAGUGCAGCUUAGUGCUGCCGCAGGCGGUUGAGGGAAACUCUUUCUGUCUUUUUACGUCGCUUCUCUCGAAUUAGUUCCAUGUUUCUCGGUUUAGAUAACAGGGCAUCCAUCGCAGGAAAGUGGCCACGCCGUGAGCACACUUCCAAGCAAAGCACGGAAAGAGAAAUAUGAUUGUCACAUCUGUAUCCUUGUCCCGGGACCAGCAUAACGGUUGGUUUCUUCUUUAACUACCCUUUCUUUGUCUUUCUUGCGCACCUCCAUGAUUAGGGCUUUCUGCGGCGAAUGCAGCCACCCACCCGGUCAGUCCACUCUGCUCGCCACCUCGUCUCCUUCUUCCCAAACUGCGCCACUCCCAUCUUCUCGUGAGGCUCGACGGCUUGCUCCUGAUGCCACCGAGCACAUCUCUCGGCAGUUCAAUUUGGCCAUGUUCGUUACGUGCGGCUUCGAAAUCGAUUGGAAUCGAAUUGCGAUCGUAGGCUGUUCAUGAUGGUGCUCGAUUCUAAUUCUGGCUGCCUCCUUCUGGUUUUGACUGACCGAACGAAUUAUCUCUGCCUUUACUGCGGCGCGAUGCUCUCAAAGAUAGGUCCAUUCAGAUUGUGACGGAAUUUCUCGCAUGUUGAGAUGGAUUCUUUGUCCUCCUUCAUUGUCAAUAUGUAUCCGUGUGCACAAUAGACACGCACGUGCGUAUCUGACCUUGCUGUCUGCGUAAUGUUGGGAUGAUACCGAAUCGUUGUCAAUGAGAGUGGUGGAAUUCUUGACAUGUCGGACAAUUACUUCUAGAAAUGACCUCCCGAGCCAUCUGAGCUGCCGUCUUCUACAAAUGUUUGCAGCAUGAAUUGUGCGCCAACAUCCGCUGCGGGCAGACUUGUUGGAUAAAAUAAGAGUUACGAAGACAGCCAAUUGUAUCCUGCACCUAACUGCGAAUGUACAUCUCCACGAGUGUUCGUUGGUGGAACUGGCCAGCGAAGUUCCGCCUUGGAUACUCUUUUUCUCAAAGUACAUGAUCGUUUCGACAGAGAGCUCAUGGAGUCGAUGAAGGCAGUUGUGGAAGAAGCAAAGUGCUUUGCAGGAAAUUCCGAGAACAGCUUCUGGGGUGGUUGUUGUGAGGGCACAGUCUUCACCUUCACCAGCGCAGCAUCCAAUGGGAAGUUAAGACAGCGGCUUCGAUACCGAUCCAUCACUGCGUUGAGCUCUUAUGGACAUCGGGAGGAGGCAACGGAUUCAGUAUUUUCUGAAAUGAGGUUGAUGCCAGCUAGAAAAGAGACAUCAUCCGCCUGUAAUGAAGUUCUACGCAUUGCUCACGCGUCUCAUAAGAGUCAGAUGCUUAUUGAGAGCCCGAAUAAAAGCAGCGAUGCAAGUAUUGCCCGUGAGGCAAGUCCGGGGCAAGUGCCAUAUAUAACCGCCCAGAAGCAAUCCGAGUGUCAUCUUGGAAGGCAGGAUUGUACUAAGUCUGGUAGCUCAGCCUGCGAGGAGUCAGUUGCCUCUAUGAGCAAACCGGAGGUUACGGAGGAUGGAGUGGAAGGGAAAAGGUCUGCGAGCGGUGAGCAUGUCUUUGAGCGUGAAUUGCAGCAAAGUGGAGAAUCAGCAAUCGUCCAUCGAGCUAAUCGGAGAAGCGGAGAGAAAGAAUCAAAAAUCAAACGUGACAUUCUUGACCCAAAGAACCCAAGCGAGGUCAAGAUCACGACGAAUCCCUCGACCAGUGAUAGAAAAGAUGAAAGGAGUCACAAAAGGUAUUCUUCCGGAGAGCAGGUGCAAGCUUUUCAGCAGAGAAAACUGAGGUGUGCCGGGCAAAGAGCCGAGGAAUUCGCAUCCCCAAUUGCAAUCGAGGGUGGGUGCAGAGUGGCAAGAGUCCAACCCAGACAGCGGCCAGGGUCGGCCGAAAGGGGAGGUAGGCUCGAGAUCGAGGCAGAGUUGAAGAAUCUGCAAGCACGACAACAUGUUACCGGCGUCAAAUGGAACAUGCGAAGGAACGAAGCUUCCUCCGGCGGAGACCAUCCGGCUAACGGCCUCUGCGAGCAAAGAACAUCGGAGGCCUCCUCCGUCGAGCGAAAGGAAGAUCACGGGAAGGAGAACGGACGCUUCCAUGACAGAGGCGCACCAGCUCCAGCACCAGCACCAGCACCAAGAAGGCUCGGGCUCGUUUACCCUUCCAACGGCCCCUUGGCUCACAGCUUCAUAUCUUUCAAAGGAGGCGUCUCAAGCCUUCAAGGAAGGACGUUCUGUUUCGGAGGCGAGGGUUUCACGAGGACCGAAGGCUCUGCUCUCAAGAGCCACGGGGCGAAGAGCAUGGAGGAGAAAGAGCCUCGUCUUCUGGUUCGUCAGGAGUCGGAGCCAGCUGUAGGAAUAUCGACACGAGACGCACUCGCACAGAUCAAGAUUGGUGUGUGUGGUGGUGGCUACGGGGACUCGGCGGUGUCGGCGGCGGCAGCCGCACCUCCGGAGACGAAUGUUCCGGUGAGAGUCGAGGGAAUUGGUAGACAGGAGGCCAAUCGGAUCGCACCCUCGGACAAGUUUCUCCGUAGGUUUUCAGGCCGCGAGAAUUUGAAGCUUUCGAGUGCUUCGGAUCAGUCGUCGUCGUGCGAUCUGGACAUGCAUUGUUCCAAAACACGCAGAGAUGUCGCAAGCAAUGGUGGCGUCUGCGAGGGGCGAGAAAGACGAUCUGGAAGAGAGCAUGCAAACACGAAAGAAAGUAGAUAUCCACGUCCCUUGGGCUCGGGGAGAAGAGCCGUGGAGUUACCGACUUCAACACUAGACUGGUAUGCGUCGCCAAAGAAUCAAGAUGGCGUCGGAGAUUGCCACACUGAUAGCGAUGUCGAAUGUUUUCAAAGUCAUGGAGACGAGGAAAAUUGCUCUCCUCGAAGUACAGCAUGUUCUGAUGAUGCGGACGACGUUGAUGAUGAUAAUGAUAACCCGCUUUCGACUUUCGAUCUUUGGAAGCAGAAUUUGGGGUUUGGAUUACAGCGACUCCAGGACGAAGGUCGCGCUGAGGUACAUGGAUCGGAUUCCAAAGUAGAGAAUGUUUGGCGCACUCAUGGAAGAGACGGAUUUGUAGAGAACACAUUUGCGGUUUUGGAUGUGCUCAGCACUGAGACAUCUAAGACAGACCGUCAAGAAUUAGAGAGUAUACUCGUCGACUCUAACGAUUUGAAGUCUCACAGAAUGCGAGGAGUACGUAGACGCGAUCCGUCCUGCUCUGGAUACAAUUAUCUGCCAUUUCUUAGGCCUAUAUGGACGAGAAGUUUUAAGAAGAAGCCGGUCGAGAGGGUGAACUACUUUGACGCCUGUUGGGGACGUGGAAGAAGAAGAAUACAAAAAAGAAGAGAAGCUCUGAAGAAGCCAUUGUCUAAAUUGGGCGGUUUGAUUAAGGUACUGGAAAGAGUGGAAAAACAAAAUCGUAGCUCGUUGCCUGAUCUACAAGCAGGGGACACGCUUGUUACAUCUCGCUUUCAGCAAGGGGAACGAGCUCCUUCUACGGCUUUUUCUGUGAGGAAGAAAUGCGUUGUUUCGCAGCCCGUUUUAGAAACCGAUCUCUUGACGAGAGAAGAUAAAACUGAUUGUUUGGAGCCUACGUAUGGCCGGUCCAGCAGUCCUAACAUAGGAAAUGAAAGCUCCAGCAUUGAGUCUUCUGUCCCGUGUUCUGACUCAAACUCAGGUUUAGAGAAAGGAGAAGUAAGCUUAAAAGAGCAGCGUGAUAGUAAAGAGCCGCAGGAUUCUACGAAAGCACGCAGCGAUGGAACUUUGACAGAACAGCAUUUAGAAGGGAGUAACGGCAAGUACGGUAAUGGGGCGAGCCCCAUUACGACCGAAAUGGCACAGAUUCCCAGCUCUGCAAAUGGCAUUUUUUUUCAGGGAACAGGGAAAUCAGAGAGCAAGCAUUUUUCGGCCGCUUUCUCACCUCGACUUAAAGAUUGCCUAACCGAGAGCAAGGGUAUCACUAUGGCUGCAUUCGAGGUAGAGAAGAGCUCCGAAGAUCCGGAGCUUUUUGACUACGCAGAUGUCCGUUUAGGAUCACCUAGGCUUCGCCACCAGGAAUCGGAACAGCUGGCCUUGGAGGACUCGCUACCUUUCACUCAAGCUAUGACUGUUACUGGAAGAUGUGAAUAUCAAACUGGAAAAGGGGUUAGUGAUUGCACUGUGGUGAGCAAAUACUUAGAAGAGGAUGCACUGGGCGCGGUGGAGGAUAUUGAAACAUCCCCUCCGAUUCAUUUGCAGUGCCACGAGCACUCGAUUCAUGAGGAAAACCUGGCCACAGAGUUACUAGUUGUAGCUCAGCACAUUGCUUUUUGUCCACAAUUCAGUGGGAUAAAGAGCUUGGACAACCAGGAUCCAAAACUAAGGUUGGAUCCGGAAUGUGCUGAUUCGGCAUCGAGACGUGCACCAAAUCGGGAAGACUCUCAACCAACCGAAGAGCCUCGGACAGAUGAGAUUCCUAAACCAUCGACCAGUCGGAAGCAUAAAAUGCCAAUCGUAGUCAGAGUUCGGAAUGGGCUUGCUAAUGGAUGGUUGCUACAAAGUUUCAUAUGGAAAAGGUUUGGUAAGCAAAAGUCGAAGGCCGUUGACUUACAGUCCCGAACAUCCAUCGAUGUUAGUCGGAUACAGUAUUUCGAACCGUUGCGUACUGCAAGUGCCGAAGAAGCCACUACACCUCUCGAUGAAACUUCAGCUGAUCCUCCAAAUUCCACAUUCAAAGAGGGGAACGAGCAGCCCUCCGAGGAAACAACUAAUCAGCCUGCCUGUGAAGCUGAAAGGACCGUACAAGUAAGCGAGAGCAUCGCUCAGAGCGUGAUUUUAACUUUAGAAGUACCAUUGAAGAGGUAUGUUACAAGUGAGCUGGUCAGCAGUGCACCACCUGGCUCAUCUGAUCCAUCCGCUACUACGACUGAUCAGGGAAGCAAGAAAAAUGGGGCCACAUCGUUGUCAGGAGCUUCCGAGCAAUCUUCUAAUCACCACAACAUGGAACCUGCAAUCUUGAAGGCACAAAACUCAGAACUGACGACCUUCUGUACCGAUUUAGACGAUGCCAGUCUCUGCGGCAGAGGUCUGCAGCAGCUGCCUGCGCGCUGUGAAGUUCGACAUGGCAAGGAGGGGGAGUCUCUGGAAAAUAUCGAGACAGUCACCGAAAAUUAUGCUAUCCGCGAUCAUUGCAGACCACUGUCAAAACCUUCUACGGACUCAGCGCUAAAUAUAAGAGAGCCCCAGUUGUCAUCUGACGAUGAGCCUGCAGCAGACUGUGGUCGUCGCAAGGAAGGAAGUCCCUCAGAAGCUUCCCCUGUGCCCCGUCCAGGCCAGUCGUCCGAGGACAAAAGCUUAUCACUGCCGCGAAAAUCUUCAGAUGAAGAUUCUAGUCUCCCUUGCUCUGAAUUUGUACCAGCUAAAUUUGUCCAAAAGUCCAAGAAGUUCUUGGAACCUUCCUCGGCGCAAGAGAGAGAUGAAGACAUAGAGACCCAUGUUGGCAAUCCUUCAGAUCACAGCCUUGGACGGCACCAUGGAAGACAGAAAAGAAGCAGUCCGGUACUGAAUUCAAGGACCGAACGUGUCCCCGCACGUAGAAGGGGCAGUCCGGAUUCUGCAGGAUCUGAGCAAGAUGAUGGCGACAUGUCCUCUUCUACUACACUACAUCCUACUCCUCCUGUGCCUGGAACAACACCGCCGUCGAGUGGUCGCGUUUCCAAAGACAAAAACACUCAUAAACUCUUGUCGCGCUUGCUACCCACCACAGGACCAACGAAGUGUGUAGCUUCUGUCCCAGGCGGGGAGUCACCCCCACCAGAUCCUCUUAGUUUGAAAGAUGGAUCAUCCUCUCACCUGCAACAAGGUUCAAACUCAACGCACUGCAGAGAUGGUAUUUCAGUUCCGGAUGAGAUGCCGAACCUAAUUUCAAGUCUCCUGCAACAAAAUAACUUUCCGCCGAGGUCCAAAAGUGUCGUAGGUUCUGGAGGUAUUAUACAGCUCGCCCACGGGCGGAAUUUUUCAACUGGAGCUGGAGAGACACAAACCUGUAACCACAUCUCCUGUCCGUUGGAAAAGCGGUACGAGUCCAGUGAGACAGAAACGCCAGAGAUUCCAGGAUAUUGCGAUGGUGAUCGUGUUGGAGGCUCCAAGGGUGAAGGAGGAAGUGCACCCUUUGAAGGUAAGUUGGUUUCUAGUUCACUGAGGCAUGACGAAGGGAAGGGCAUUCACGCUGACUUGGUGAAGACAGUUACACCCUCUGGGCUCCGAAAACCUUACAGCGUAGUAGAGGGAAGAAGAAGUGAUGGAUGGGAGAUUGAUGCAGAUGCAACUGCUCAGACACUUGAUCGUCUUACUGGACCUGAUGAGCAAAACGAAUCGCAUGGUAAAAGUACUAAAAGCUACGCAGCAUCAGACAUUUCUUGGACCCCAAAGCCUGACAAGUCUCUUCAUUCAAGUUUCCGGGGAACUCGAGAAACUGAUAGAGAAGGUUCUCACUUUCCUCAAGAUCUGGACAGUCAUCGUCGAGGAGCCCUCGGUGGUGAAGGAAGUACAAAAGCGGACGUAAGUUUGGUCGCUGAGCAUUUUCCACCUGCGGAAGGUUCCUGGCCACCUAGCACCGUUGAGUGGAACCGACCGAGCACUAGACAAAUACAAACACCUGCGCCCCGCCUAGAUCAGCUUGGAACAUGUCCCUCCAGAUGUCAGGAACAGUCUAUGGAUCUCCAGUGGAAUAAACCCAAAAGGUCAAGCACAGCUCCGAUAUAUAACGAAUCACUGAAUCGUAUUAGAGCAGAAGGUUUCGAAGUUGUGCAGUCAAGGGAGAAUCGGAAUUCUGCUUCCUGUUGUGAAUCUCGAGCUCACAGAGAUGUCCGGAAGGAUGAACGUGACAACAGGGUUCUGACGGAAGGGCCCACACAAGAUCAGGUUUUCUUGGAGCGUUUCUCAGCAGGUAGCCACGAUUCACAACAUAGUAGGCUGCAACACAGAGUAAAUGGAUCUCUUGAAUUCCUGCACCCGGCUUCUGGACCUCCUCGGGCUCCGAUAAUUCCUGCAAGCAAUUGUAUCAGCAGUCCGAGUAGACACUUUCCGUCCCAAGACGAACUGGUUCCUGCAAGACAAGAUUCCUCCACCCGAAACUUAAAUUCUGGUGUAUCUAGAAACUUCAGCUCACUCUGCACUGCACCUCAGCAGAAUCCAACGAUCCAUCCUUCCCUCUCAUAUGUAGAACCUUAUCAGCCUCUGCCUCAUGAAGCAGACAGAGCAAAAUCCGCGACAAAUUUUGUUUCCAACCUGACCUGUCACACGUACGAAUCUGGAUUGGUGCCAAAAUUCAGAAAUUCAUUCAGCUCCGUUUCACCUGCUUCGUCCAUAAACGGCUGUUCUGAGAAUUUCUCUGAAAGACAUUCCCUGAAGCCCAAGUUGUGUUUCCACGGAUCAACAGGUUACGACCCUGGAGUACCUUGGGGGCAUUACUCCGACGAAGCUCUUGACUUUAAGACGAAUUCAUCUGUAUCCUGCAUUUCUUCAAUACCAGUGCCUGCUCCUCCCCUCGUUCACAACCCCAGUCUGCCACUGGAUCCUCAGACAUACCGCUCGAGCUGCCAAACAGCACAAUCCGCACCACCACCCUCGUCUUGUGAUGUAUGCAAUUACAGUUCCCUUUGUUCAAAUGCAUCUUUUACCCAACACUUCCCGGUUGGUGGACCGAUUAUACGUCAGCCUCAGUACCAUUCGAGUGUUGAGCAUCCUCUUGCUCACCACAUGCCGGCAUACAUUUCAGCACAACCUACAGAAACUGCCAUCACUCAGCACAGAAGAGUCCCUGUGCAUUUUUCAAACUGUCAUGUCAACGAGUGUGCUCCGAAAGCAACAGUGGGUCGAUACACACCACCACAAACGAUGGCGACACGUAAGAAGUCGUGGCCGGGUAGAGAGACGAGCACUGCACCAAACAUGUGCGGCGGCGGCGACAAUAGCAUGGCGGAUUGCGACUCGGCACACAGGAAGCAGCAAGAUAGUGGACUUGUCUGGCUCACUGGAGAAGAAAUGAAGUACAUCCGUGAGUUAAGGCUCUCCGUUGGGAAGGAUAGCGCCAGGUCAUUGGAGUGCUUGGCAGAUCCAGAACCGAGUCUCAUGAUGUCUUAUUCCAGCAAUGCUGCCGGCAUUCGUGAGGGCUCUUUCUACGCCGGAGGGAGCAACAAUUCGCACGCGAGUAGCAUCAUUAGCAGAUGCUCGAACUACUCAAAUUGUACUUCACCUCGGCAAAUACCUGAAGCACAAACUACGACGCAUACGGAAUUGACGCGUGACAGUCUAUUGAAAAGAUGGAUCACAUCAAUGCAGAAAGCAGCAAGCAUUAUACAACGUGCUUGGCGAGCACUGAUGAGGAGGAGAAGAGAGAAAGCUCCGUCCACAAAAGGACUUCCUAAAAACAUGGAGGACUUCUAUGAAUUUAUCAAAACAAGGCAGAGCUCCAAGAACUACCGUCCUCCUUCCUUUGAUAAUUUUGCGAAAUCGGUGAAAUGCAUUCAAGCAAGAACGGAGGGAGUUCGAGUAAGGCGACGCUUGAAAUCUCGCCGCUUGCAGCCCAUUAUUAUGGAAAUCAAGGAGAUUCGAAGUCUUCUGCACGAAAUGUCGGAGGAAGCAAAUCGUGAUACAUCAGCUCCCUAUCUCUACCCACAACUCUGCAGUCAGUUACAGCAGAAGAUUUUGCAGUUGCAUACAGCACUAACUGGUCCGCAAAUGCAAGCUCGGUUUCUACUGAGACGGGGUCCAGGUACACCGUUGGUCUUAUACACAUCGAAAGCUCCAGCAGUAAGCGCAGUUGGUUCUGCGAUCGCUCAAAAAGGUGGAGACAAGCAUUGUCCCCAAAUGCCAGGUUCUUUCCCACAAUCGCGAACUUCACACACUCAACCUGCCACGCCAAGAAAACAAGGAUCGCGUGGUAAAGUUCGCCAUCCCAACUCUUCGGCUGAGAAUUCAGUGACAGAGCCACCUGAGAGUGCGAAACUACUCCCUUGGUACUUCCUGGCCCAGAGAUCUCCAUCGAAACCAAUAAAUGGGCGACGGUCCCCGACGGGAUUCACCAGCAGUUUCCGUGAAUCGCACAUGACUAAAAAAGAUUCAGAGGAAAAAAUAGAUUCCUCUUGUUCACAGGAGGCAAACAAGGUAACCUUGCCAUAUCGGCAAGUCCCACUAGAAGCAGGUACUUUCGAGGCAAAAAUCAACGAAAUCUAUGAAGAGCAGCCGCUUACAUUGAUGCAAAGGACAAAACCGAUUGACUUGUCAUUUGAUGAGAUACCCAUAGGGACAGCCAAUGGAGGCAUGUUCAGCGUGGACUUUGGAUCUACUGUAGAAAUUUCCAACAGACCGAAACGUCCUUUCCUGAAGCGCAAGUCCCUUAUGAUGGCCCCUCAAAAGCUUGACUGGUCCAAGGUCAAACCAAUGGUGAGCUCACGCCUGGAGCCGCAAUUGCAGACCAAGCUCUCGUACUGUAGGCACACGAAAGCGGCCGAUCGACCAGUAGCACCCUCGACUUCAAGACGAAAGAAGGAAAACUACAGUCAAGUGAAAAGUCGCCUAUUCAGUUAUGAGGAUAAUGUGAGUCCCGGAUCUUCCAGGGGGAAUACGUGUAGGGCUCGUUACAACGAGCUAGAUGAAGUUGACACAUCGCCACGGUCACGAACAGGAUCGAUUGUCGAGGGAGCGUCCGACUCUGGCGAUGUUACUCGACAAGUAGAAUAUCAAAGGCCAGCCAGUCCUGACUUGCUGCGUCUAAAGAGCCAAGUGCAAGCUGAUACCGAAUCAGAACUUGCCUUCAGGCGAGCCCAGGCUGCCAUAUCUGAGGUUAAUAUGGAGCCCACUUACAGCUCUCGUUUUGACUCUGCCCGGUACCUACAUAAGCUUGGAAACUCAGAGCAGGCAGCCAAGGAUUCCUCGAUGCAGUCAGCUCAUCCAAGAACGCAGAGAAUCAGACUGCGUCUUAUACCAGGAUCUGAGGAAAGUGAACCCGGCAAGGUACUUGUACAAAAAAUAGAGAACCAGGAGGAACAGAUUCGAGAUUUGUGGCACGAUCAGCGAAUCGCGAUGAAGAACCGAAGGCGGCAGAGUCAUUCUCACAGAUACGCAAGUUACCGAGAUUCGUCGCAAGGCGAUGCGCAGCUAACGAGCAAACUUGAUGAAUCCCGAAGGCCAAGCUCCCCCCCAGACCGAAGGGCACUAAAAGCCUUCGCGUCUAGCAAGAUGGGCCUAGCUUCGAAGGAAUUGGAAGAGAUGUUUGAAAGGGUUAUCGCUGCUAAAUGCGGGAGGAAUAUCACAUUGAGUGACCUUUUUGAACAAACUCAGAUGUGAAGACUCAGAGGUUGCCAUCUACGGACUGAUAGGUGUGAAGAUCGCAAAUAAGCAACCCGACCACCGUCUAAACCCCAACGAGCCAAAACACACCACGAGACUUGAUCCAGCUUUUUGCAAACUCGAGAUUUUUCUUUAUUGAGAAUAUGAAGUGAAUCUUGAAGCAAUUCUGAUGGUCAAUGUGGAAGAGCUCCAACGUCCGGUAUACAGUUUCAAAAGAAUGUAGCGGACUCAAGAGUGCUAGACUGGACAUUUAUCCUAUCCACUAGACUCUUCCACAUCUAAUCACUCUUUUCAGACUCCGGUAGAGUCAACACUGUGAAUAGAUGAAGAUACAUGAAGGCCCCAAGGCGGAUCGCAAGGCAUAUUGGAAUACGAAGAGACAACCAUAAUAUUGGCAGAAACCCAGGACGGAUGUCUUUCUAGCUGAGCUAUUAGUUGUAGUAGCUCAGCUUUGAAUUGUAUGCUAGCUUCUUGUGGAUGGUCUCACCAAAUAAGUACACUCAGCUUAUGGAUCCAUAUGAUAACUCUGGAAUCCCCUCCCUGCUUCUCCUCGUGACACCUUGAGCUCUUCUGAAUGCAAGGACUGUGUAUACGAGGAUCAUCAAAUCAAUUGGAUCCUUGUUCAGUUAAUGAUCAGUUGACUGCAAACAUAGAUCCUCGGACUGCGAAGAGAAGAAGUUUUCAAACAAUGUGUAUAAUCGCAAGCAUUCAUUCAUUUGUGCGCAGAAGGGCCGAUGGAAUCUGAACCGGAGGUUCUCUUGAUUCAGUCCUGUUUAGAGGAGUUUGGGAGCCGAUUCCGAUAAGCUUCACGAAAUACUGAUUGCUCUUCCCCAAGAUUCGAAGCCAAGACAUGUAAAGCCUGGAGAAUUCUUGUAUUGCUAUGUUUUGGACUCGAUCCUCAACUAGUGCGGAAGGAUGGCAUUCGCCCACGACAUAAGUCCAUGUGUAAAAUGUGCGAUAAACUUUAUCGGGUGUCAUACGGUACAGGAAGUACUCGUAGUCGCAAGAAACAUCGCUCCAACGAUUUGGAGCACUGAAAAGUUCGGUGUGCGCAAAAUGAGAACUGCGCAGGCAAAAUCUUUUCGAAUCCGGUCCAGAAUAAUCAACGAAAUCUUCACACUUCUGGGGAAAGUUCAUUCCUUUUGUAAAGCUUCUCCUGGAGCAUGAGAUGGAGUGGACGUCCAGUGUUGCUCUGUGCAGUGGUGUACUUCUUUGACCGUGGGCGGCUGCCUGUCCGACUGAUAAUCAUCGUCCAAUGCGCUUUUUUCUCGCAGGAGAACGUGUGCAGCCAUGUUGCGCGUUCUUUGGCUCCCUCUUUUGCUCCCUCUUGUCAUGAUGUCUGAUGAUCUCAUGCGUCGAGCUUCAUGCGAAGAGGGUCCGGACGGGAGGAUGUCAUGAACCCCCCGACGAGCCUCGACCAUCGACAGGAGGGGAGGAGUACGAGGCGAUGUUAAGACUCGGCGUUGUGUUGCUGUGAUCAGCGUUUGAGCAUUUCCUCAUCCGGGCAUGGCGGAAGCAAAGCAAGCGCAUCCAUUGAUGCCUGCCUGCGACGAGGUCGGAGGUCCACUGAGCGAAGUACUGCCUGCACACGCUCCAGUUCGAGGCUUCCUUCCUUCCUUCCUUUCUUAGUGCCUUGCGUUCCGAGAGAUGGAUGCUGGCCCAUCCGAUCCCAUGCCUACAACAAUGCAACAGCAGCAGCGUCGGUCAUUGCCCUUACGAGAGACGAGCUAUAUAUAUCUUGCACGGCUGCCACUUGGCGAGGGACUGUCAGGGAGCGCAUUAGCGGGAGACUUUGCGGGCUCUGAGAGUCCGAGAGCAGUCACUGCAAGGGAAAGCGAGUGAAGCAGGAGAGGUAGUAGCUAAGGGAGCUGCUUUUCUGGACCUGCGCAACCGCAAUGCUGCUGCUGCUGCUUCUUCUUCUCCUCCUUCUUCUUCCUCUUCAUCAUCUUACAGGAAGGGGAGGGAUGAUGAUGAGAGUCACAUGCCGUUCUAAGCGAGUACCGAGAGGACUGUUGGUGGCAGAGGCAGAGGCAGUUGUGCCUGCCUGCCUGCCUGUCUGCCUGCUUGCUUUGGUAUGUCCAGAUAUUCUCUAGAAACGUACAUCAAUCACGACUACAAGAUGCUGCAGCAGCAGUACGUCAGCGAAAUCGCAGCUCCAGCCACAGCUCUUCUCAAUUGUCUAGAAUGCACUUAUUGCUCUUAUGAUUUUCCUCACGUCUCAGAAGUCCUCGAGAACUCCGUGGAUCGUAGAAGGAAUGAACUUAUCCCUGCGAUAAACAAUUCCGAGCUCUGCCUGCCUUAGUUCGUAGCCCUUACGACGACGUCGACCUACAUUCAUUGCCUGUGGACGACGAGGCCGUCCUUGCAAGUCCAUAGCUCUGUAAGUAUGAAGAAUCAGAAGAAGAAGGAACGACCGCACCUCAUUUCACCACGAGCUCGCUCCUUCUCGAAAGCUCUGGGAGAAACAAACGGGCGAAAAGAAACAUUUGUUUAUGGAUGUCAUCCUUACAAUGAUUGGAUGAGGAUUCCCCCUUGUACUCGAGCUGGAGUUGGAAUGAAGGCAGCGGCUCGCAGUACGAGCGAAAUCGAUUCACUCAUGCUCUCAUGAUUCGCUGUCCGAACAUAAUUGACUGAUGUCAUGACCAGCGUAAUGAGCCACUCUCCAACUUGAGCCAUCACAUUGCACAUGGUCUUUGACGCCACGUCCGGCAGCCGAGAGUUGAAAGCUGUGCUGCUGCCCUCCGCAUCUCGCCUGGGAAUCUCGACCACCCCCAACCUCAUCCAGCAGCCGACCACGACCGCUCCCUUCCACUGGCUGUUCCGUAGGCAUUCCACAACCGAAUGCACAACAAACAAUCCAUCGACGUCUCCUCCUCCUGUGUCCAUAUUCUAGAAUUUAUCCCAUGUCUCGGAGCUAGACAAACUAUUCUCCUUGAUUUUUCUAUUCCAUAAACAGCAGAGGACACAACGCAUACGCUCAUACAUUCAGCUCCACGGUAACUCGCGAGGAUUUCUUCUCUCUUCUGAGACAAACCACCCCCACCCCCA